GUCACGAGAUUAUUCGAAUUAUCUCAAAUAAAAAUUGGCUAGGCAAUCCUUAAUAAUUAAUUAGCAUAAUCAUCAACCUUGUAGUCAUCCAGACCAGUGAACCUAACAAGUGACAACCAUGAACCACUUUCGUUUUUGUUCCCUAAUACUUCAUUGACAACAAUUACAAGCUCUUAGUUAAAAUUGUGCCCUUUGAUAAGCCAAGUUCUCUAUUACAUCGCUCCUAGUCUCAUUCCAAACAACGCUUGCUAACAUGGAGACGUUUUUGAAACCUUUUUUGUCAACUCUUGCUGUGUUUCUGGUCCUCUGUAAUGCAUCUCUAGCAACCAUAGAGAAGAAAACAGAGAACCAGAAGAGUACUUACAUAGUUUAUGCAGCAAAAACCGAGAUGCCAACAAGCUUCAACCACCAUUCAGUUUGGUACGAUUCAGUUCUUAAAUCAAUAUCCAACACAACAGAAAUGCUCUACACCUACGACAACGCGAUUCAUGGGUUCUCAACAAGACUAACACCCGAAGAAGCUCGGUUACUAAGGAGUCAAACCGGGAUUCUAAAGGUGGAACCGGAGAAAAUAUACAAGCCACUCACAACCCGAACACCACACUUCCUCGGGCUGGACAAAAUCGACAACAUGUUGGGUAAGUCAAACAGAGGAAGUGACGUCAUUAUCGGAGUCAUCGACACGGGUGUUUGGCCCGAAAGUAAGAGCUUCGAUGAUACUGGGCUAGGACCGAUCCCUAGUAGCUGGAAAGGAAAAUGUGAAUCAGGUUACAAUUUCUCUACCUCCAAUUGCAACAAGAAAUUGAUAGGAGCAAGGUGCUUCUCAAAAGGCUACAUGGCUAUGAUGGGUCAGGGUCAACUCAAUGAAGAAGACAAGCCGCGGUACGAUUCGCCGCGAGACUAUGACGGCCACGGGACUCACACUGCAAGCACAGCCGCAGGGUCUCCGGUGGAAGGCGCGAGCCUAUUCGGCUUUGCUUCGGGCACGGCACGUGGGAUGGCCCCACGUGCCAGAGUUGCUGUGUACAAGGUUUGUCCAGGAGAUUCUUGUACUACUUCUGAUAUAUUAGCGGCAAUGGACGCGGCUAUCUCGGACAACGUUAAUGUCCUUUCAUUAUCGCUUGGAUCUAAUCCGCUCCCCUACGAUCUAGAUGGCAUCGCAGUUGGAGCCUUCGCUGCAAUGGAGAAAGGGAUUGUGGUUUCCUGCUCCGCGGGAAACGACGGUCCUGCUUCUCAUUCGCUUAACAACAAUGUGGCGCCUUGGUUGCUCACCGUGGGGGCUGGCACACUGGAUCGUGAUUUCCCGGCGUAUGUUAGCCUGGGGAAUGGAAAAAACUAUUCUGGAGUGUCACUUUAUAGCGGCGAUUCCUUGCCUGAUACCCCAGUGCCGUUCGUAUAUGCAGGGAACACUAGCUCAUUUCCACUUGCACAGGAGUGCUUGUUGGGAAGUUUGAAACGGAGAAGGGUUAAGGGGAAAAUCGUCUUGUGUGAAAACGGAGAAAAUUCCAUUGUACAGAAAGGAAUUUCGGUGAAAUCCGUGGGUGGUGUGGGCGUGGUGUUGGCCAAAGCAGAGAAACUAGAAUUGGCAAGGUCUAAUUUUUUGCCCACAAUUGUGCUGGAUUCCAAAGCCGUGAAAGCCAUCAAGGAGUAUUUGUCGUCGGAUCCAAAAUCGACGGCUACGAUUGUGUCUCAAGGAACAAAGGUUGGAAUCAAGCCUUCUCCAGUUGUUGCGUGGUUUAGCUCGCGAGGCCCAAACACAAUCACACCAGAGAUACUGAAACCUGAUUUAAUCGCGCCAGGUGUCAACAUUUUAGCGGCGUGGACAAAGAUUAGGAGUCCCACAGGCAUGACGCAAGAUGAUAGGCGCGUGGACUUCAACAUCCUCUCAGGCACCUCCAUGUCAUGCCCUCACGUAAGUGGUGUAGCGGCUUUCAUAAAAUCGGUUCAUCCAAAUUGGAGCCCAGCCGCCAUUCGAUCUGCACUAAUGACCACAGCGUAUUCGACUUACGCCAACGGUGAGAAGCUAAUUGAUAGUGCCACAGACCGUCCGUCAACGCCGUUUGAUAUCGGUGCCGGACACGUGGACCCUGUUGCCGCGCUUAAUCCAGGACUUGUCUAUGAUUUGGCACCACACGAUUAUCUCCACUUCCUUUGUGCAUUAAACUACACACCGGAUAGUAUCGAGGCUGUGGCGAGGAGAAAGUUCAAGUGUGAUGCGCACAAACACUACAGUGUGACGGACCUCAACUACCCUUCAUUUGUUGCGCUGUUUAAACCACCGAUAGGUAAGAACAAUGCAACGGUUAUUAAACACACGCGAACUCUUACUAAUGUGGGGGCAGCAGGAACGUACAAGGCGUCAGUUAUGUUGGAUUUUCCUUCUCUCAAGAUCAAAGUUGAACCAAAGGUGUUGAGAUUCAAAGAAAAUGAGAAAAAAUCUUAUGCAGUGACAUUUACAGCAUUAGGUCCACCAUCGUUAACUCCUCCUAGAUUUGGACGUUUAGAAUGGUCAAAUGGAAAGAUCAUUGUUGGAAGUCCUAUCUCAGUUUUUUGGGACUCUACGCUUGUAAAGUCCAAUAAGAUUGAAUAAAACAUCUUCACUAACUCUUAAGACACAUGCUUAAUUGGCUAGUGAUGGUGAUGAUUAUUUAUUAUACAAUAAAUUUGAAUGUGUCAAUAUCUUGCAUUUAUGUAAUAUAUUUCCAUCAAUGACUUUGCAUCCUCUACUCCCCAACCUUUUGUGUAAAUUUAUGCUUA